AUUACUGUUAAAUUAGCAUUCAAGUUAGUUCUAAGAACUACGAGAUAAAUCAGUUGUUGAGUCACUGAUUUGUCAAGAAUGGAUAGAAAAGGCAGAACUUGUUCUUGUCCCCUUGCUACGGCAAUACUUAUGACUGCACUUGGGUUCAUUCUGGUCGCUUUUGGACUUUCUUCAUUAGCAUUAUUUCCCUAUAUUAUAGAUAACCAGAUAAGAGAUAAACUACCGCUCAAGAAUACUAGCUCUUCGGGUAAAAAUUGGGAGAAGCCACCAGUUCCUGUUUAUAUGGAAUUCUGGUAUUGGAAUUGUACAAAUCCAGAAGAAUUUAUAGCCGGUAAGGAAAAGGCUAAUAUGACACAGAUUGGUCCUUUUGUAUACUUAGAAAUAAGAGACAAGCGAAAUUUAUCUUUUAAUGCAAAUGGCACAAUUUUUUAUAGAGAAGAUAAAGCAUAUGUAUUUCAGCCUCAGUUAUCUAAUGAGCAAAUUGACAAUGAAGUUAAUGUCAUAAACCUACCAUUGCUGACAGUGUUGGCUAAAUUAAAUGGGUCUAUUUCGAGUAGUUUUCUUCAAAUCGGUGUUAAAACAAUAUUGGAAGAUAUACAUAUAAAUUUAUUCGAAAGACAUACAAUUCGCGAAUUUUUUUGGGGUUAUAAAAUACCAAUCAUUGAUAAAUUGGCUGAGGAUAUUGAAAAAUUAAUUAAAAAGUUUCCAAUAUUAAAAGCAUUCUUAAAGAAAUUCGAAGAGGAACUGAAAACAAUGGAAACAUUUGGAAUAUUUUACAUAGGUAAAGCAAUAAAUGGUACUGAUGAUGGUGUCUACGAAAUUAUGUCGGGUACGAAAAAUAUAAAUGAAAUUGGUCAAUACGUAACGUAUAAUUAUAAUAAAUAUUUACCAUAUUGGAACACACGGUAUUGUAACAUGUUAAAUGGUUCUGAUGGUUCUCUAUAUCCGCCUGGAGUGACCAAAAAUUCUUCACCUUGUGUGUUUACUGGAGAUUUGGGUCGUUCAAUAUGCACCACUUAUGAAAGCGAAACCAACCUUAAGGGAAUAAAGCUAUACCGUUUUACUGCCCCGUUUCACACUUUGGGAAAUAUUACCAUUAAUCCGGAUAAUAGGUGCUUCUGUACACCUGGAUGCCUUGAUUCAGGAGUUUUAAAUAUAUCAAGAGUUAGAGCCGGUGCUCCACUUGUUGUCUCUCAGCCCCAUUUCUUUCAAGCAUCCACAAAAUAUAUCUAUGGUGUUAAUGGAAUGACCCCAAAGUCAGGUGAACAUCAAACAUUUCUAGAGAUUGAACCAAAUACUGGUGUUUCUAUGAAUGUUGCUAAGAAGAUUCAAAUAAAUGCUUAUCUGACUAAAAUAGGACAAUAUGGAAUAUUGCAAACAGAAAAUAUCGACACGCCAGUGAUUUUCCCAUUAUUUUGGUUAAAUGAAAGUGCUAAAGCUGACGAUAAAGCUAUAAAUUUGAUGAAGCAAGAAGCAAUUACUCCCAUGAAGAUAUUGGGAAUUUUAAGAUGGUUUUGCAUUGGUUUAGGAUGCCUUUUCCUUCUUAUAUCUUGUUUCAUUUUCUUUUCAUUAUACAUAAAAAGACAGGACAAAUAUCAAAAUCUCAUCGAUGAUAGAGAGGUUCUUACCGAAGAAUACGCAGAUUCAACGUCGAUAAAGAGUAAUGAAAUUGAAACUUGA